CUUGGAGAUAACGAGAUCCGGCCGGGCCUCUGACGUAUCACCUGGGCCAUACCCGCUUGGGCUUCCCCACAUAGCCAGCCUUUUCUCAACCUGCUCGACUCCUCCCCUCCCCGUCUGCCCAGAAACUCGCCGCAAGGGCCAGGCCAUGAAGCAAUUGUACUAGAAUGUCAAGCAAGUCCGCUCUCAAGGCGGUGCGCACAGCACUCGACUCGAAGGAUUUCGAGCUCGCCGCCGAGAAAGCCAAGGCCAUUGUGCAACAUGACCCUCAGAUCUACCAUGCAAAUGUCUUCCUCGGCCUCGCUUUGGAUAAGCUAAAUAAAAAUGGUGAAGCUGAGAAAGCCUAUCUGUCGGCAAUUCGCGUCAAAGAGAACGACAAAACAGCCUGGCAGGGACUCAUCAAUCUAUAUGAGAAACAAGGAGCUUACAAGCUAGAGCCGUAUCGCGAGGCAGUUAUCAGACUUGGUCAAUUAUUCGCCGAAUCAGAUGACAAGCACCGCUGCCAGGAUCUGGUGGACAAGUACAUUGCGUUCUCCAAAAAGAAUGGUUCCCGCUCACAAUAUAAAAAAGCCCUCGAACUCCACCUGCCGUCAUGCCCGCUUUACGAUUUCCUAGAAGGAAGAGUUCCCCAUCCGUCACACACGUAUCUUCGAUUGAUUGAAAUGACCGAGGCGGAGGAGAAGGAGUUCAUCAACAGAGAGAUAGGAGAAAGGCGUACUCGGCUGGGUGCGAAAAUCGAUCAGGUCACACUGGAGGUCAAGCGAGAGGCGUUCAAACGGAGUGAACUAGAGCAGCUUUACCGGGCAAUCGUGGACUGGUCGCAUGACGACCAGGUUCGACGCACCUACGAAGAAAAAGCGUUACAACGGGCGAAUGAUGUUCUUGCUGUGUUGCCGGCGGAUGAAAAGGAUGCCAAGCGAGCAGAGGUGCUGCAGGCUGCUCAUGAUAUGGUAAUCAUCAAGCACCCAUUCGAACUCGCGUGGAAAAUUGUGCUUGAGUGGCAGGAUAUUCAAGACUUCUCGGAAUGGGAUCGCAACUUCCUAGACGAUUUUAUCGAAUUUUUCCCCGAGGAUGGACUUUCCAAACUUCUUAAGGGCUUCUUGGCCAGUGAUUUAUCACCGUUUCCCAAAGAUGAGGAACCCAAAGAACCCAAAGAACCCAAAGAGCCCAAAGAACCCAAAGAAUCCAAAGAACCCCCAAAGAAAGAUGAGACCGAGAAUGAGAACGGUGAGAGCAAUGAACUUGGUGUUCAGGAUAAUUUGCUCUUGAUGGUGGAAGGACUUGAGGCAUCAUCUUCCUCAAUCGUUGCACAUCGGGUUGUCGGCGAACUUUACCUUUCGCUUGAAGAGUACGACAGUACAGUUGAUGUCUGUCGCAAAGGGCUGCGAAACAUUCAAGAUCUGGUGAGGAGGACUGGUAUCAAUCUGGGAAACGCGACGGACUCGCUCAACAUAAUGCUUGCGAACUCUCUCAUUUACUAUCAGUCUCCACGGCACCAUCCCGAGGCACAGCGGGUGUUUGAAGAGAUUUUGAAAAGAAAGCCAACGUCUACAAGCUGUUUGUUGGGUAUCGGCCUGAUUCUUAAGGUCGAUGAAGAUUAUUCCGAAGCUGUCAACUUCUUGGAGCGCGCCCUAGAGCGAGACCCGUCGAACAUGAAGGUCCGCGGGGAGCUGUCGUGGUGCAGGGCGCUCAACGGGGACUUGGCAUCUGGCCUGGAUGGUCUUCAGGAUGUGCUCGCGGAACUGCAGGAUGCACAAUCCGAGAACAGGGAAUUCAAGUCCGAGAUCCUUUACCGGGUGGGAUACUGUCAGUGGGAAAUCGACCAAUCGCCAGCUGCGCGUAAAGACCGGACGGGUGCCUAUGCCAGUUUCCUCGCAUCAAUUCAGUCCAACAUGAACUUUGCACCCGCUUAUACAAGCCUUGGCUUUUACUAUGCGGAUUACAAGAAAGACAAGACACGGGCACGCAGAUGUUUCCACAAGGCGUUCGAGUUAUCAGCAUCUGAGAUCGAAGCGGCUGAGAGACUCGCUAAGGCCUUUGCCGACCAGCGGGAAUGGGAUCUUGUUGAAGCCGUGUCCCAGCGUGUGGUUGAUUCGGGGAAAGCGAAGCCUGCCCCAGGCUCGAAGCGCAAAGGCUAUAGCUGGCCCUACGCAGCUUUAGGUACAGUCCAAAUUAAUAAGCAGCAGUACCCUAAGAGUAUCGUCUCGUUCCAAGCGGCGCUGAGAAUAUCUCCCAACGAUUAUCACUCCUGGGUCGGUUUAGGCGAGAGCUACCACCACUCGGGUAGGUUCAUUGCCGCUACAAAGGCAUUUGAACACGCACAGCAAUUGGAGGAUGCUCUGUCAGAUAAGGAACAGAUCUGGUUCGCAAGAUACAUGCUAGCGAAUGUCAAGCGAGAACUUGGCGAGUACGACGAUGCUAUUGCGAGGUAUGAGGACGUCUUACAGGUGCGACCAAACGAGUUUGGAGUAGCAAUUGCGCUGCUCCAGACGCUUACCGAGAGUUCAUGGAAGAGUCUUGACCUGGGACUCUAUAACGACUGUAUCGAGCUGGCACGUAAGGCUAUACUGGUGGCGAAGUCGCUUGCUCUGGAAAGAGUCGAUGUCUUCAACCUUUGGAAAGGCAUUGGAGAUGCCUGCACGCUAUUUUCUUAUGUUCGGUCAAAAGCAGGCAGGUUGCCGAUUCACGAGCUACAAGAUCUACUAUCGACCCAGCUUGAACCUACGGCUUUGGAUAUCUUGACGGAGGUUGACAACGUCGGUCACGAUUACCUACAUUCGUUAACAUCCGAGGAGGAUGAUAUCGACCCAACGAUUCAAUGUCUUUAUGCCGCGAUCCUGGCGUACAAGCGUGCUAUACAGGUUUCGCUACGAGACAGCCAUGCCCAGGCGGUUGCUUGGUACAACCUAGGCUGGGCAGAAUACCGAGCUUACAGGUGUCUGCAGACCGUCUCAAGCGCCGAAGGCAAGAAGCAGCCACGAAAGUUCUUGAAAGCAGCAAUGCGCUGCUUUAAGAGAGCCAUUGAGCUGGAAGCUGGAAAUUCUGAGUUCUGGAACGCACUGGGAGUGGUCACCACGAGCAUGAGCCCCAAAGUCGCACAGCAUGCAUUCGUCCGGAGUCUCCACCUCAACGACCGGAGUGCGCAAGUUUGGACGAAUCUGGCAACGCUUUACCUCAUUCACAAUGAUAUCCAGCUCGCCAACGAGGCCUUUACCCGGGCACAGUCAACCGACCCCGAUUAUUCCCAGGCUUGGGUUGGUCAGGGAUUCUUGGCCCUGUUGUUCGGAGAUCCCCAGGAAGCGAAGGGCCUCUUCGAACAUGCCUACGAUAUCUCCAACUCGUCCUCCAGCUUGUCCAAGAAGCAGUACACGAUGAGCCUGUUUGACUACCUCCUGUCGGAUUCGUCCCUUUCGAAUGAGAUAUCACAACUCAUUCAGCCAUUCUUUGCUUUGCACCAGCUGUCCAGCCAAGACCCGUCUAAUCUGCCAUUCGUUCAUCUUUCUUCUCUUCUGGCUGAAAGAAUUGGCGAGUACACCGAUGCUGAAUCGAGUUUGCGGACGGUUUGCACCGGCAUGGAGGCCGAAUAUGAAAUCACCGAGUCCGCGUCGUCCCUUUCCCGGUUUGCGCAGGCAAACGCAGAUAUUGCUCGCGUGCUGCUCGCACGCCAUGAGUUCGAAGAAGCUGCAGAGAAGGCGGAGACUGCCUUGAUGCUAUCUGGAGAGGAAGAUGCCGAGAAGUUCGACCCGGAGACUAAUAGGAAGUUGCGCCUGUCAGCCCAUUUGACCGCCGGUCUGGCGCACUACUAUAUGAAGUCCAUGGAUAGUGCAAUUGACAUGUUCCGUGAUGCUCUGCAAGAAGCAGAUAAUGCGCCGGAGGUGGUGUGCCUCCUGGCGCAGGUGUUGUGGGCCAAGGGCGGAGAAGAGGAGCGCGCUGUGGCUCGCCAGCAAUUGUUUGACUGUGUUGAGGAGUAUCCAGAGCAUAUUGGAGCAGUCACGCUUCUAGGAGCCAUCGCACUCCUCGACGCCGACAAGGACGUCAUUGAGGCCGUCGAAUCUGAUCUUCAGAACAUGAUCACGAGAGAUGACAUUGAGAUUCACGAACGCGCCAAGCUGAUUAAGCUCCGAACAGCCGUUUCUACUCUGGGAUACACGGACAAUUCUGACGUUCCUGAGGAAGUCCGACGCGUUGGCGAGGCCACGGCGGCCGUGAUGAGAUCGCCGUUUGAGGCUCAAGGCUGGGUGGAGUUGUCAUCCGCCACACAAGAACUGUAUCCUGCCGAGAUGGCCACCAAGCGGGCGUUGAGGAGUGUUCCUCCCCGGAGCCAUCUAGAUGCCGUCGAUCUGUCCACUGCAUAUACUCAGACCGGAAAGGCCAGUGACGCUCUGCGGGCGAUCAUGGUUGCACCAUGGAAGCAGAGUGGGUGGGAGGAACUGAGCCACGCGGUCUCCACGACCAACUAGACCUGAAGUUAGCAUCUGUAACAGACCAUGGAGAGACAAGCCCUAGAGACAUGAGUAAUGAAGAGGACCAUGGAAAGAUU